AUGUCGAAGCUAAGAUGUGAAAUCACUCACACAUCGCUUCAAAGCCUGCCAGAGUACACUGCUAUCUCGGGGGCUGCAAUACCUGUUGCUGUCAGUCUUUACGAUGCGCUGAGGGCGGUCCGUCGCAAGAAAGAAGACAUCUUUGUAUGGGUUGAUGCGCUCUGCAUCGACCAGCAGAACAGAGACGAGAGAGCUACACAAGUUCGAUUGAUGGGUCAGAUCUACAGCGGUGCAGUGUCAGUAGCCAUUUGGAUAGGACCGGAGCAUGAUGAGAGUGCAUUGGCACUAGAACUACUGCACAGUGUGGCUGAAAAUUCGAUCGACUCGCAACAUAUCAGGUCCACCCGCAACCCAGACUCUCUGGCGCUCUUGAAUUUAUUCAAGAGAGAUUACUGGAAGCGGCUAUGGGUGUUUCCCUGGGAGAUAUACUUGAAGGCCGGGGAAAUCUUCUGGGACCAAGAGAGCGACCCGCAUAACCGCCAAGGACCAACCAGCUUCCCAGACCGCGAAACCCUAGAGCAAAUUGGAGAUGAGUCACUAUUAGAGGUAAUGCGAGCAUGCAGGAAGAAGCUGAGCGAGAAUCCCCGCGACAAAGUUUUCGGCAUUCUGGGUCUGCUUUCGGACGCUACACAACGCGUUUUCCCAGUCGACUACAGUCAGUCAGUCAAGACGGUCUACACAGAUGUGGUCGACCACCUGAUCUCGACUACUGAAAAGCUCGAUGUGAUCCGCGAAGCAAUACACUUCCCCCUGCACGUCAAUUCUACAGGUCUCCCCAGCUGGUGCCCUGAUUGGUCGCACAUCCCAGAGGUGCCUGGCCUCGGGCGUACUCUCAACUUUGCAGCUUCCAGUAACGUAAAUGGCCCUACUAAGGCUCAGUAUUGGUUUCACGAUGAACGGCGAAAGCUCGAAAUCUCCGCAAUCAGGAUCGACACAAUCAUAGCAACAGGUGUUGCUGUAGGCACGUUCUGUUCUGCUCAAGACUACCUGACAGCCUUUCUACAAUGGCGCGCAAUGCUGCUGCAUGAACUAAAUGUGGGAGAAGGCAAUGAUACCGAUCCAAUUCACAGCUCUUUCUGUAGGACGCUAUGUCUUGGACAAGUGCCGCUAGAAUGGAGCCAGUCAGGCAUGUGGCACGGCCUCUGUUACCACGUCUUCGCAGCUCUUAUUCGCGAAAGAAUGCCUCGCCUACCACUGGACAAAGACCUUGAACGUCACGUGAGCACAACGGGGCUCAUUGAGCCCAAACUACGGCGCACGUUCUUGCAAGACCAUCUCGGUAACCGUAUGAUGGGACGUAGCCUGUGUAUUACAGAAGGCGGCUUGAUUGGUAUGGGUUCGGGCUACAUGAAAGCAGAAGAUGUUGUUGUCGUUCCGUUUGGUUGUUCCACACCUAUCCUGCUCCGCCCGGAGGGCCGUCGCAACGAGUAUAGGUACGUGGGUGACGUCUAUAUCGACGGGUACAUGCACGGCGAAGCCCUGGCUCAAAUGGAAGCAAGAGAUCCGAGGAGAGUAGUUUCUAAGUACAUGCUCUGUUGA